GCCGACGUCAACAACUACAAUACCUCUCGACCUUUCACUCACUUCCUAUUCUGGAUCCUAGUCAUUGAAUUUCGGCUCAUGUUCUGUCUUGCAAUGUAUCUCUAAAUUUGGCUCGUCACAUGGCCCCCUGGCUGGAGGAGAGAACACGACAGAUAUCCCUGGACCGCCCCGCAUUUGAAAGCCGCUGAGAUCACUCGAGCUCGACCAUCACAGCAGUAACAGCUAUGGCGAACAAAAAGGGUCAGCAGGAAAUGAUUCAGGUUGAUAACUCCGAACGCGCCGAGUCUCCUUUCUGGGCUGGUCGGAAUGCAUCCCUGAACCAGGGUUCGUCCAAGGUCCACAGCCAGAACACCGUUGUCGGCGCUUCAUACUCCCAUGCCAACAUUGUUCACGGCACCUCAUCUCACCAGCGAACCAAGACACCGCCCCGGCCAACGGGAACUGCUCCGUACCCCGCGUCGCACCUGGCGAAUCGAUCGGGAAACGUGGUCGCCUCACCUCCCCGGCAAGCAUACCCCGGAAUCAUGACACAAGGCGUAGAUGAAUGGAGCCAAGAUCCCACGGAAGAGGACGAUGACGAAGAUGACGACGACGACGAGAUUGUGUACGAUGAUGACGAAGACGAAUUUGGCCUUCCAAGUCUUGCUAGCAUGCGCAGAAAGAAGGCAGCGCCUUUCAAAUCCAAGAACCUGGAUUCUGGGGGACUAAUGGGAGGGAAUCCUACUUCUUUGGGCUUUGGAUUGGCCGCUGCCAAUAGGCAGCGCGCGAAUAGCUCCGAUAUCGCCGAAGAACGAGGAACUCCAAUGUACCCAACGGCGCGCAAGAGUGAAGGCAAAAUCCUCCGUCCUCAGUAUAAGGAUAUCUUACAAGAUCCUGCAAACGCGUUGAAUCUGAUCAAUCACUCUCCCCCGCCCACCAAUGCCUCCCCGAAGGAGAGGGAGAUACAUUCCAGCCGCAUUACGCGUAUCAACAAAUUUAAGCGCAUCCUCCAGGCUAGCACCGUGUCCCUCACCGAGUUACGGGACCUGGCAUGGUCUGGAGUUCCCGAAGAGGUUCGGCCGAUGACCUGGCAGCUCCUGCUUGGGUAUCUCCCAACGAACAGUGAAAGGCGUAUAUCAACCCUUGAAAGAAAGCGCAAGGAAUACCUCGAUGGAGUACGACAGGCCUUUGAACGUGGCAGCGGAACUGCCUCGAAAGCCUCUGCCUCAAGUACGGGACGUGGAAGAGGAUUAGACGAGGCUGUCUGGCACCAGAUUAGCAUCGACGUCCCUCGCACCAGCCCUCAUAUCCCGCUUUACGGCUACGAAGCUACACAGCGAUCACUAGAACGCAUUCUCUAUGUGUGGGCUAUUCGGCACCCGGCCAGUGGCUAUGUUCAGGGUAUCAACGACCUAGUCACACCAUUCUGGCAGGUCUUCCUAGGAGUGUACAUUACGGAUCUCAAUGUUGAAGAGGGAAUGGAUCCGGGCCAAUUACCUCGCAGUGUUUUGGACGCGGUGGAGGCCGAUACGUUCUGGUGCCUGACAAAAUUGCUUGACGGCAUCCAGGACAAUUACAUCUACGCGCAACCUGGAAUCCACCGGCAGGUUAGAGCCUUGCGAGAUCUGACAAAGCGCAUCGACUCGGCCCUGGCCAACCACUUGGAGCAGGAAGGUGUGGAAUUUAUGCAGUUUAGUUUCCGAUGGAUGAACUGCUUGCUCAUGCGGGAAAUGAGCAUAAGAAAUACGAUUCGCAUGUGGGAUACGUACAUGGCUGAGGAGCAGGGCUUCUCACGAUUCCACCUUUACGUUUGUGCUGCAUUUUUGGUUAAAUGGACAGAUCAAUUGGUCAAGAUGGAUUUCCAGGAGGUUAUGAUGUUUCUCCAAGCAUUGCCGACGAAGGACUGGACGGAGAAAGAUAUCGAGCUCUUACUGAGCGAAGCUUUCAUCUGGCAGAGCUUAUUCCAGGACUCACGCGCUCAUCUUCGACCGACUGGGAACGAGCCUCCUGAAAAUGGUAUCUUUUAUUGAUAGUAAUCAUAAUUCAUCAUUCUAUUUCCGGCCCUCCUUCGAAUUUUUGAUGGCCCGGUGGGGUAUGUGGGUGGGUGGAUUCGCGCAAGCUACAGAGACGGGGUUUCAAUCAGUUGAAGUGGAUGCCCUUUUGGUUGAAUGCCCACAGCAACUUCAAAAACUCGUUCUCAUCACACAUUCUGGCGCGCUUAUCAGCCAGGCCGGUCUCAUCCUCCAACACCUGGCGCACCUUCUCGCGCACCAACUCCGAGACCUUGCCUCGCUUCUUGCGCUGGGGCUUGCUGAGUGCUUGUUGGAUGCGGGCGUUGGCCUCUUCUUUGAAGAAAUCGGGGACAUCGUCAUCGUCGUCCAUUUCCAUGACCUCAUCCGCAGGCUCCUCCUCGCCUUGCUCCUCCUGCUCCUGGCCCAUAUCCAUGACAUCACCCUCGGCAUCCUCGACGGGGCCGUCCUCCACUGGGAUAUCGUGCUGGGCACACCACGUGCGGUAAUUCUGCUCAAGCAUGUUCAUGAUGGUGGGCGUACCGAUGAAACUGGCCCGUAGUGUCUUGUUCUUACGCACAAAGGCGAUACGCAACAGACCAUCCCAUUCCUCAUAGUUGAUCUGCGGCCUCGGGACCUUGGGCACCAUGCGAAUGACGCUGGACUCGACCAAUGGUGGGGGCUUAAAGUUGUUCUUGCCGACCUUCAUGAUGUGAUCGAUCUUGGCCCACAUUUGGGCGUUGACGGAAAGUCGACUGUAAAGUUUGUCGCCGGGCUUGGCGAAUAGACGCAGAGCGAAUUCACGCUGGAACCUAGAGAUGGGCGGGUGUAUAUUAGCUUGUUAUUCGCGAGGACGAAUUGGAUAUAUUUUGAACGUACAUGAGAACACAAGUACGAGGAGCGGGCGUUGUGGCGAGUAGCUUGAAUGUGAGAGGGGAAGAAAUCUGGGAAUGGUUAGUAUAGAACAACAUCGACUCUCCUUUUAAG